UACAGAGAGAAAACGCUUUACGAAUAACAAAGACAUGAGCAUGCAGAGAAGUAGGACAAUAUAGCGUAUGUAUUAUAGAAACACUAUAACGUAAAAGGUGUUAAAGUACAUGUAUGAAUGAUCAUGCAUACAUAGUAAAUACGGAGAAUAAAAAUAAAAGGAAACAAUAAAUGCCCAAUUUAUAGACGGGUCGAUGGAUCGAUGGAUAAAUGGAUAAAUGGAUAGAUGGAUAGAUAGUUAGAUGGAGAAAAGAUGGAUGGAUAGGGCUUGUUUUUCCUUUCAAAAAUGUCAGAUCAUUCCUCAUUUCCUCCAGCAGGGGACCGAAAAGAGAAAAACUGGGAGGAAAAAAAAAAACCCCAAAUCCAGGAAUCUUGAGUCAGCAGCGGCUUCGGUCCGCUUCUCCUCCUGCUUCCGUGGAUCGAUCUGAGCUGCGAUCACCGCGAUCACGGCGGACUGUGAGUCUGCACUGGUCUGCAUCCCGGUACGACGCGUUUUUCUGCGGGGAGCAGAAAACCGAAACACCGGAGUCCGUCUCCAUGAGCUUUGAUGAGCAAGAGGAUUAAAAACCCAUCUGCAGACUCGCGUCGUGUCCCUCCACUUAACAUCCACCUGAAAGCUUCAUGUCUCUCAGAGUUUCAGCCAUGAGCGUUCUUCCUCCGGUCCGAAAGGACCGUAUCGUUGCACAGCUCCCUCGGUAUUUCAGGGAAGAGGCGGCCUUUCACACCGCCGACGACUUCAACAGCAAAGUGAAGACGGCCUGUCAGGAGCAGCGGACCGGCACCGUGGGAUUUAAAAUCUCUAAGGUCAUUGUUGUGGGUGACCUGGCUGUGGGGAAAACCUGUCUGAUUAAUCGGUUUUGCAAAGAUGCUUUUGAUAAAAACUACAAGGCAACGAUCGGUGUUGACUUUGAGAUGGAGCGCUUUGAGGUGCUCGGCGUUCCAUUCAGCCUUCAGCUCUGGGACACUGCAGGCCAGGAGAGGUUCAAGUGCAUCGCUUCCACGUACUACAGAGGAGCCCAGGUCGUGAUUAUAGCGUUCGACGUAAACGACGUCGCCUCUUUGGGCCACGUGAGACAGUGGCUUGAAGACGCCCUGCGGGAGAACGACCCCACUGCUGUUCAGCUGUUCCUUGUUGGCACCAAGAAAGACCUGAGUUCCCCUGCACAGUAUUCUCAGAUUGAACAAGAUGCCCUCAAACUAGCACAUGAGAUGCGAGCGGAGUACUGGGCCGUGUCCUCGCUGACCGGAGAAAACGUCAAAGAGUUUUUCUUUCGAGUCGCUUCGUUGGCCUUUGAGACCAACGUUCUUGCUGAGUUGGAGAAAAGUGGUCCGAGGCAAAUUGGGGGCGUCGUCAGAAUUAACAGCACUUCAAACAAUGUGUACGCUUCAUCAAAGAAGAAGCAGACAAACUGCUGUCAGUAAGGAUGGCGGCAGACGUUUAGUCGAAGGUACAGACUUGAUGAGGGAAAAGACUGGUGGUAUUUCUGCGGUGGAGGCAGGAGGAGGGACGCUGGAGUUUGACUUCCUGAAAUCUUUGAGUUUAGUUUUUCUUGGCCUGGAAAGAUUUCUGCUCUGUGGGAUGUGGAUUCUUGUGGUAUUGCUCAGUUGAGCUUGUCUAGAGUUACAGUGACGCAGGAAUUAUGCUCAGAAUGACUGUUCUGUUACUGCGGAGAUGCCAAAGAGUGACUGUGGAUGCUUAAAUAUUCAGUCUCGCUGCUUUAUUUUUGUUAAACCAUUAAGAUUUUUCUUCACCACAAAUGACAAAUGUCAGGUAACCUCUUUUCAUGACGAUAGACUGUAGACGAGAUGACCCUAACCUAAAAUAUUCUGCAGUAAUUCUUAAGAAACAAGCAACGAUCUGAAGAAACACUGAAAAGGUAUUUUUCUGCUUAGUUAUCUCAUGGCCCCUCACAUUUGUUUUUUGACCUUUCAGACCUCUCGACCCAGAUUCAUUGUUGUAGAUUCUGACUUUUAGACUUUAUCCUUCAUAGGUACUUUUUGCUUUUUGUUUAAAAUGACUGAAUUCGAAUAAUCCAUUUUUUUAUUUUAAAAAAUGAAAUACUGUACUGGUUUAAGCAUUUAUUUUCUUUAAAAUAGCUCAUGUUUUACAUGUAAUAAAAAUAUAUAUUAAAAAAGUAAAA